UGAAAAAUCAAUAAUACAGCUUUUCCCGUUCAAAGUCGAAAGAUUCGCGGAGCGGAGCACAAUCGUCGUUGAAAAGAAGAGGCAUUUACUGCGUGGAAAUUACAAAGUAUUACCAUCGUGCUGUGUAGGAAAACAAAUCUGUGCAAUCGUCAUCAUGGCCGACAACGAACAAAAAGCAAUGCAGCUGAUUGCGGAGGCAGAAAAGAAACUGAAUUCGUCCAAAGGAUUCUUUGGUUCGCUAUUUGGUGGCGGCUCUAAUAAAGUGGAGGAAGCGGUCGAGUGCUACCAGCGGGCGGCAAAUAUGUUUAAGAUGGCCAAAAAGUGGGGUCAGGCCGGGUCAGCUUUCUGCGAGGCGGCCAAUUUGCAUGCCAAGGCAGGCAGUCGGCACGAUGCAGCCACCAACUACGUGGACGCGUCCAACUGUUACAAAAAAACCGAUCCAAACGAAGCCGUUAACUGCCUGUUGAAGGCAAUCGAUAUUUACACCGACAUGGGAAGGUUUACAAUGGCCGCCAAACACCAUCAGAGCAUCGCCGAGAUGUACGAAAACGAGGCGAACGAUUUGCAACGGGCCGUGCAGCACUACGAGCAAGCGGCCGAUUACUUUAAGGGCGAAGAGUCGACCAGUUCCGCCAACAAAUGCAUGCUUAAGGUGGCCCAAUAUGCGGCCCAGCUGGAGGACUACGAAAAGGCAAUACAGAUCUACGAGCAGGUCGCCGGAUCGUGCCUGGACAGCUCGCUGCUCAAGUACAGCGCCAAGGAAUACUUCUUCCGUGCCGCUCUCUGCCACCUAAGUGUCGAUUUGCUGAAUGCUCAACAUGCGAUGGAGAAGUACGCACAACAGUACCCGGCAUUCCAGGAUUCGCGAGAAUACAAGCUGGUGAAGACACUUUGCGAACACCUGGAGGAACAGAACGUGGACGGGUUUACCGAAGCCGUCAAGGAGUACGACAGCAUCUCAAGGCUGGAUCAGUGGUACACAACGAUCCUGCUGAGAAUCAAGAAACAGGCCAACGACAACCCCGAUCUGCGAUAAAAAGUUUACCACUUUGAACUGCACGAUUCGUACUUUAGUUUUUCUUCUGCGGUCCGCUCUAUCCUAGUAGGCACCGACAUUAAGACAUUGGCACCGUUUGGUUGCGGACCAGCAUAGUUUGUUUGGAGCGGGAUCGGCCGUCUCUAGAAAAGGAACUUGCUCUCGUGUGGCGUCGGGCGCAAACUCUUUUAAAAGGUGCAUCUAUAUCCCACUGGAUGGUAAAGAACACAAAAUCGGAAACUAUAACAAAAAAGAACAUUUUAUCCUCUCUACCGCUGUAGGCCCGAUAGAGUUUUUCGCUGAACACUGUAAAGAUAUCAAAACCCGUAAAUGUUAAGGUUCCAUCUUAUUCCGCGAGCCCGCACCGUGAAUUUCUGAUAUGUGUUGACCGGCGCGUUGAAACGGGGACCGCCGCGCGACACACCGAUUGUUUCCCGUAUGUGUUAAGAUCGUCUGUAGCAAGCUUACAAUUUUCGUUUACCAUUACUUUCUUUUUUGUUAAUAAAAUGCACUAUUAGCGAUUAAGACGUUAAAUGCAUUACGAGUCCAAGUGGGCAAGGCCGAAGGUACAGUUUGAGCGAAGUGCGUGAGAUGGAUUUGAUUUCUGAGCGCAGGAAUCGUGAUGACAUUACCAUACUAGCAGUUUAGUAGGGCGCGGAUCGUGAAUUUAAUCUUUUGUCCACAUCCCCUGGCCUGACGAUGUUGCCGGCGUUGACUGGGUGCCUCUCGGAAGAUUAAGUUUGAUCCCUGCGCGUGAAACCGAUGUGGCGACGUAGCAGCGAGUGAAAUUAGCGCGAGCAACGGAACUACAAAUUGUUGCAAAAAUAUGUUAAAACCCAACCUAGGCUAGUAAAGGAGUGAUUUUCUUCCUCCAUUGCGUGCUGUAGCAACUGCAGAGCCGUCGUUUGUGACCGAGCGGGCAUUAAAUAUUCUAAUGAUUUGCGACAAAUCACCCUUAGCAAACAAGUAUAGUAAAAAUCAAGAUAAAAAAAUAUUUAAAUUACAUCUAAACGAAACGCAGGCUAAAUAGCUGGAUAGCAUCAAUCGUACUGUUACUACACAUAUACUCAGUGGUGAAACCAGGCCAGGCCACUAGACGACCCCUUCAAACACCAUCCUACCGCAAACCGUGAAGCUCCUCGAAUCGGAAUGGGGACGGAAACCAAGAUCUUUUAACGAAGAACGGCCAGGAGGACGGUUCCGCCACGGGCAGUAGGACUCCGAACAGAGAAUGGCAGUAUCACAUUCUUCACAAGACACGUACAUUAAAUUAUUACUAUCGCAAACGAACAGGACACCAGCCGGUUCUUGUCCGGGACUCUCGGGACGGAAUCGCAACAGCGAAAACGCGCGAAUACGGGAGUAAACUAGUAACGCAAACUAUACUAACGACUACAUGUUUCCAAUUGAAUUGCAAUAACAAAAUUACGUGAAUGAAGUCAAUAAAAUAAAGUCAA